AGUUUGCUUAACUGAUUGGCUACUUAUGUGUCAAAGAGUCACAAGUAAGUUAUCAGUGAACAUUAUAAAAGCUUUGGAUUUCAAGCUCAUUGUUGUCUCAUUAAGAGAAGAAAGGCUUCAAUGGAUCCAGUUGUGGUCCUGGUGCUUGGUCUCUCCUGUCUGCUUCUCUUUUCACUCUGGAGACAGAGCUCUGGGAGAAGGAAGCUUCCUCCUGGCCCCACUCCUCUUCCAAUUAUUGGAAAUAUCCUGCAGAUAGACAUUACGGACAUCAGCAAGUCCUUCACCAAUUUUUCAAAAGCGUAUGGCCCUGUGUUCACUCUGUAUUUUGGCAUGAAGCCUACUGUGGUGGUGCAUGGAUAUGAAGCCGUGAAGGAAGCCCUGGAUGAUCUUGGAGAGGAAUUUUCAGGAAGAGGCAGUUUUCCAAUUGUUGAAAAAACUAAUAGUGGCCAAGGAAUCAUUUUCAGCAAUGGAACAAAAUGGAAGGAGAUUCGGCGUUUCACGCUGAUGACUCUGAGGAAUUUUGGGAUGGGGAAGAGGAGCAUUGAGGACCGCAUUCAAGAAGAAGCAUGCUGCCUUGUGGAAGAAUUAAGAAAAACAAAUGGUUCAUCCUGUGAUCCCACCUUUAUCCUGGGAUGUGCUCCCUGUAAUGUGAUCUGCUCCAUUAUUUUCCAGAAACGUUUUGAUUAUAAAGAUGAGAAUUUUCUUAUCUUGAUGCAAAAAUUCAAUGAAAACUUCAAGAUUUUGAAUUCCCCAUGGAUGCAGGUCUGCAAUAUUUUCCCUGCUUUCAUUGAUUAUCUCCCAGGGAGUCACAAAAAAGUACUUAAAAAUUUUGCUCAUAUAAAAACUUACGUUUUGAAAAAAGUCAAAGAGCACCAAGAAUCCUUGGACAUCCACAAUCCUCGUGACUUCAUUGAUUGUUUCCUGAUCAAAAUGGAGCAGGAAAAGCACAGUCAGCAUUCUGAAUUUACUAUUGAAAACUUGAUGGCCACUGUAACUGACCUGUUUAUAGCUGGAACAGAAACAACAAGCACCACCCUGAGAUACGGACUCUUGCUUCUGCUAAAGUACCCAGAGGUCACAGCUAAAGUGCAAGAAGAGAUUGACCGUGUGAUUGGCCGACACCGGAGCCCCUGCAUGCAAGACAGGAGUCACAUGCCCUAUACAGAUGCCAUGGUGCAUGAGAUCCAGAGGUACAUUAACCUCAUUCCCAACAAUGUACCCCGUGCAGCAACCUGUAACCUCAGAUUCAGAAACUACUUCAUUCCCAAGGGCACAAAUUUAAUAACAUCUCUGACUUCUGUGCUGCAUGAUGACCAAGAAUUCUCCAAUCCAGAGAUAUUUGAUCCUGGCCACUUUCUGGAUGAGAAUAGCAACUUUAAGAAAAGUGACUACUUCAUGCCUUUCUCAAUAGGAAAACGGAUGUGUGUGGGAGAGGGCCUGGCUCGCAUGGAGCUGUUUUUGUUCUUGACCACCAUUCUACAGAAUUUUAACCUGAAAUCCUUGGUUGAUACAAAGGACAUUGAAACCAUCCCAAUUGCCAAUACAUUUGGCCAUGUGCCACCUUUGUACGAGAUCUGUUUUAUUCCUGUCUGAAGAGUGGCACAAUGCUUUGGGUACUGCUGUGCUGACACCUGCAACUUUGCCUCAAUAGGGGCAUAAUCCAUCUCUUUCCCAUCAUCAUGGAUACCAUCCCUCAGCUCUCCUUUUACAUUUUUCCAAUCCCUCAUAAUCCAAUGAACAUCCAUUCCUUGGUAAGGAAAAUAUUAUGGUCACUACACAAAUAUAUCUACAAUCCUCUAUGCUCUGUAAAAAUUGUAUUAACAUCACAAGUGCUAAUACUUACCUUAUGACAGGUUAUGAAAAUGAUCUCAUUAUUAAGUAACAAAAUAAUUAAUUAUGACAAUUAAAAGCCAUUAUUAAUUGUUGUGAGUAAAAAGUAUAGUUAAUUGCUGGGUGAUGUGUCAGACUUUCCUUUUUUUGCACAUAACAUAGGUAAGAAAUUAGUCUCAGUAGUUAUGCUGUUCCUCAUAAUGAUCUGCGUAGAAAGGGCCCAAGAAUAAGGCAGAAAAGCUGUAUUGGUCGAAUGUCUCUUAGAGUUAUGGGAGAUUUGGAUUUGAAAGACAGAAACUAUGUCCAAGAGCAGCUAUGACUGUAUGGAAACAUUGAGGAGUCAGCUGUAGGGAGGGUAAAUAUUAGGUGUUAGUAUAUCUUAUGCCUCUGCUUUGGUGUUAAUAUCAACAGAAAAUAAAUAUUUGGGAUAUUCUUUUUGUUUUAAGUUUCCAACUUAGAGUAUGAAUUUAUGUGUACAUAUUGUUAAUAAGGUGAUCUGUUAUUCUUUUCUCCCUAAACAACAACAAAAUCCUUGGAAACAUCCACCUAGUCCUAUUAUUUUUCUACUUUUUAUCACCUGUUUUACACUCAAUAUAAGUGUUAUGACAAUUUGAUGCUGUGACCCUAAAAUCCUGCCAUUUCUAGUGCAUAGACAACCAAACAUUUUGUACACAUAUCAAAUUCUGGUAAUCUUUUUUCCUAUCCUCUGGUCUUGAAGUGUAUGAAACACUAAAGAUAUCAUCCAUUAAGGUUUCCUCAGAUCAUCUCCCAGAGAAAAGCAUAUUUUGGCAUGUGUUUGUGAGAUAACACAUCCAAAUCUAUGCAUAAAUACAUACUUACACAUAACUGUGUACAUGGUAUAUAUUCACAUAUACAUGUUAUUAUGUACAUAUACAUCUCAUAUUAAAAGUGGUUCUUAAAAUAUUGA